CUCUCUCUCUCUCUCUCUCUCUCUCUCUCUCUCUCUCUGUGACUCUGUCUCUCGCUCUCUCUCUGUCUGUCUCCUCAGACUACAAUCACACAGCAUACAGUAUUGUACAGUAUUGUGCAUCUUCUCUACUGCAGGUCUCUAUUCAGUGGUUGCUAUGGUCUGUUUUUGCAUUGCUAUGGGAGCUAUGCUCUCAUUGGCUCUGCCUGACCUGGUUACCAUGGAGACGUGUACAUCGGCGGGGACGCCUGGACUGCAUGGUUUCCCAGGGUUACCAGGAAGGGACGGACGAGAUGGAGAGACGGGGGAGAAGGGAGUGCCAGGUGUUGUAUCUGGACCAGGCCAGAUACCAGAGGGGGGCCAGAAGGGGGAGCCGGGUGUGAAGGGAGCGGUUGGGAAGCUAGGUCGUAGUGGUGUGAGAGGAGAUAAGGGAUCCCCAGGGUCAGAGGGACCCCGGGGAGAGCCAGGGGAGUCGGGCUCAGCAGGGUCUCUGUUCCAUUCUGCCUUCAGCGUGGCCAGAGGUACCGCCAGCCCUCCAGAGAAGGCCAGCCCCAUCAGAUUUACCUCUGUUAUCACUGAUGUUAACAAGGACUACAACACAGAGACUGGACGCUUCAGGUGCCGCGUGCCGGGGACGUACUACUUUGUGUACCACGCGUCGUCUGAGGAGAGACUGUGUCUGGUGUUCAAACUGGAUGGAACCAGUCUGGCCUCCUUCUGUGACCUGACGUACGGGGGCACGAAGAGACAGGUGAGUUCGGGGGGUCUGGCUACGUACUUGAAGAAGGAUCAGGAGGUGUGGUUAGAGACCAACGAUUACAACGGCAUGACGGGAAAACCUGAAGGGAACAGUCUCUUCUCUGGCUUCCUGCUCCACUCUCACUAACCUGAAGGGAACAGUCUCUUCUCUGGCUUCCUGCUCUACUCUCACUAACCUGAAGGGAACAGUCUCUUCUCUGGCUUCCUGCUCUACCCUCACUAACCUGAAGGGAACAGUCUCUUCUCUGGCUUCCUGUCUACACUCACAAACCUGAAGGGAACAGUCUCUUCUCUGGCUUCCUGCUCUACCCUCACUAACCUGAAGGGAACAGUCACUCCUCUGGCUUCCUGUGAUUACCCUCACUAACCUGAAGGGAACAGUCUCUUCUCUGGCUUCCUGCUCUACCCUCACUAACCUGAAGGGAACAGUCUCUUCUCUGGCUUCCUGCUCUACCCUCACUAACCUGAAGGGAACAGUCACUCCUCUGGCUUCCUGCGAUUACCCUCACUAACCUGAAGGGAACAGUCUCUUCUCUGGCUUCCUGCUCUACCCUCACUAACCUGAAGGGAACAGUCUCUUCUCUGGCUUCCUGCUCUACCCGCACUAACCUGAAGGGAACAGUCACUCCUCUGGCUUCCUGCUCUACCCUCACUAACCUGAAGGGAACAGUCUCUCCUCUGGCUUCCUGCGAUUACCCUCACUAACCUGAAGGGAACAGUCUCUUCUCUGGCUUCCUGCUCUCCUCUCACUAACCUGAAGGGAACAGUCUCUUCUCUGGCUUCCUGCUCUACCCUCACUAUAUAUAUAUCUCUCUCUAUCCCUCCAUCCAUCCAUCCAAUCAAUCAAUCAAUCAAUUAAUGAAUUACUUAAUAAUGUACUUCUAUUAUUCUGUUUUGAACAAUAAAGGCGUUUUAACUCAUGA